CUCUGGGAUAGCAUUGAUGGGCACGAAUGGCCGCCAUGAUGGAUUUUGUGAAACAUUUCAAAAAUGUAACAUUACAGCAAGAUUCGUGAGCCUCGGACGACUAUGUGAGCAUGGCAGUAAGGCUCAACCAGAUGUUGGUUGUGUAUUCUAGUGGUUAGUUCCACAAAGAACUGUGUAUUAUUGUGAAUUUGCCUUGAUAAUACAAGGCCAGCUACGUGGACAGGCUCAUUAGCAUAUUUGAGGUUAGGAACGAUGAGUAAGGUAUCGUUUCGAGCCCGGGCGCUGGACGCCACGAAGGCAAUGGCUAUUUUCAAGGCGGAUGAGAUACCUGACCUUCCAGAUUUUGCAACGAUCAACCGAUCGGUGCCUCAGAUGCCAACCGGAAUGGAGAAAGAGGAAGAAACGGAACACCAUCUUCAGAGAGCUCUGUCUGCGCAGCAAGUCUACGGUACAUCAGAAGCGUUGGUCAUCCCCAUACCCGAGAGUGACGACAUUGCUGAUCGCUAUGGCAAACUGUACAAUGAUGAGUUCAAACAAACCAAACAGUUCAUCCACUUUCAGGCAUUUGGCAUGGAACAGGAAAUCCCAGACUAUGAUAUGGAUAGUGAAGAUGAACAGUGGGUAAAUGAACAGGCCAAAAAGAUGGAGAUAACACCUCUCAAAUUUGAAGAAAUGAUGGACCGUUUGGAAAAAGGCAGUGGACAGCAGGUUGUGACAUUACAAGAAGCCAAGUUACUGUUAAAGGAAGAUGAUGAUCUGAUUAUUGCUGCCUAUGACUAUUGGCUUAACAAGCGAUUACGCCUGGAACAUCCCUUAAUUUUACAAGUAAAAACAGAUAAAAAGAGAGAUGGCUCAGCAACAAAUAAUCCAUAUGUUGCCUUCCGGCGACGAAUAGAAAAAAUGCUAACACGAAAGAAUAGGAAGAAUGAUGAAUUCUCAUAUGAAAAAAUGUUGAAGUUACGUCGAGAUCUGAAUAGAGCAGUAACAAUAUUAGAAUUAAUCAAACGAAGAGAGAAGACGAAAAAGGAAAUGUUACAACUCACCAUAGAAGUAUUAGAAAAGCGGUAUCAGAUUGAGGACUUCAGUGGCACCAUGUUAGAGGAGGCUGAGGCUCUUCGACACAAGAUGCCUUCUACCUGCAUACCUCAAUAUGCAUAUGGCUCAUCAGGAUGGGGACAAGCAGAGGAGGUGGUAGUGAGGAAAAAGCGUGAAUAUAGGAAGAGGAAACACAAACCAGUGCUACAACACCGUGAGAAUACAACCGUCCAACCCACCCGUCACUUCACUGACAUUGAUGUCCUCCAUACUGAUGUGUACAGCUCUGAAGACGAGGGAUUAUCUCCGGGUAUGUCCCCAUCUGACCAUGAAGAUGAGAAUGAUCCUGAUGGUCCCUUUGCUUUCAAGAGAAGGAAGAAUUGCAAUUACUUUGCACCUAUUUUGAAUCGCCUUGGAAACUGGUCUUGGCAUAGUCCUGAGGAUGGAGGCCUGGGAGAGAGAAAAUACAGAUAUAACCUAAUGUCCUUUUCAAAACCUUCGCGAAGUCAAGGCUUCUGUCGGCGGAGGGUGGGCAGGGGAGGCAGAGUAUUGGUAGACAGAGCUUUCACACCUUGGGACGAUGAGCUAUGUCGGACAGACUUAUCAGGUUCCGGGCCAUUAUCAGGGAUAGCAGCGGAUUAUGUUACAUAUAUCAGGGAAAGAAAAAUAUCACAUUUUCGUCCACAUUCACCGACUCUGGAUGACACGACUCCACAUGGGUCCAAUGUUACUAGUGCUGAGGAGGAGACUGAGUUUAAUCUAGAGAGCUUCCAGUCUCAUCGUGAGCAGCUACUACAGAUGCAGCGGGCCCAAGAGGAACAAUUACGCAAGCAGGACACACUUGUUCUGGACAGUUCUUGUAGUAGUGAACUUGAUCAUUCCUUUUCUUCUCAACCCACCUCAAGAUUCACACUUGAUUCAGAAAGUGCAAAAUUUGCAGUGUCUGCAGUACUUAAUACAUCUCAACUUCAAAGUGCAACAAAAACUGGUGCUAGUACACAGUCAUCUUCAUUGACAUCUUCCUCAUCUGUAUCAUCAACCAUCUCAAUAAAAGCCAUUAAACCAACAUCUAACGUGGCUGUUGUGGCUACACCUUUACCAACAGUGUCAAUUUCUGCAGUUUCCCCUGCAGUUACGUUGUCAUCACCUUUGGUAUCUGUUACCCCCACAACAAAGACUUUGUCCAAUGGACCUAUAUCAACACAAAGUAAAAUCACAGGACUUUCAACAUCACCGGCAGCCACAGUGUUACAGCUAAAUUUUCCACUCAACAAAAAUAACAACUCAACACUUCCACAACUGUCUACUACCAAAAGUCUAUCGUCUAGUCUGACAUCCUCGUCAUCGUCAUCAUCAUCUGCGUUCACACCAAUCAAUUCAAUAUCCAAUAAGACUGUCUCGGCCGUCGGCACAAAUCUCCUGAAAAAUUUCUCUAAAGCUCCACCAUUGGAUAGUAUCAAGCAAAACCAUGACGAUGUGAGUCACCUGAAUAACAUGAACAGUAUGAACAGUAUAAAGCACGACAUGGCGAUGGAUGUGACCUGAUGGGGUGAUCUCUGUCUACAGACUGUGAUCUCUUACAGCCCACCGUUAACACUGUGCUGGUCCAGCUAGUGUCGCUACACUUUGAGAUGCCGGUGUUGUCCACGGCCACAAGAUUGUACCAGGUGAUGGAAAGGAAAGCUUCAAGACAUGUUUAGAGAAAGGAUUUGUUUAAAAAUUGUAUCAAGUUCAGUUCCUGUACAUCAAGAGCUAGUUUUAAAAUAACAUCUUACCCUCUGGCUUACAUCUUGUUUAUUUCUAGCUAAUUUUCUGCUAUUUUUCAGUGAAGUGUGUGAAAAAAACAUUGUAGGAAAUUUGGAAAUCAUUUGCCAGAAAUGUGAGCAACAAGAUCUAGUUCAUUUUUUUUUUAUUACAUAACUCAUAAUAUUUAUUAAAGCAGUUUUCUUUUGUCAGCAGGACAGAAACAUAUCGUACACUUCAAGAUAGACAAUAAGGAUCAAUAGUCCAAAAUGAUAAAGCCAACAAAAAGAAUGGUAAAACUAGAAAUCUACUUGACAAAAUAUCUGUUUUAAAUGCUGUCAACCUUCCAUUGUUUUCCCAAUUUCUUCUAAUUCAGAACUUUUUAUUGUUACACCUUUACUUCAACCCACCUCUUGUUUCUAUAAACAUGAUUUCAAUCAAAUUUUACAUUAAAUGUGGGACUUCAAUGCCAUUAACUAGAGAAACAAGCUUUGUGCAUGUUUAUUUUUUCAAGUAAUCUGUAUUGAAAAUUAUAUUGAGAAAAAAAGUCCAGAUUAUUUCAAGAUGAGAUUUGAUCUGUAGCUUAGUUUCAUUUCUUGAGUACGUACUACAGAACAGACAUGUCAGAAAGAGAUAUGCCUUCAUUCCUGUUGUGUGAACGUGUACGCUGUACCUGGUAUAUAUCUAAGUAUGGGGUUACAAAGUUACAUCCUGGUACUACACAGUACAGAAGCUCCCAUUGUCGUUAACCUCCCCUUUGUAUAAAAGGAGAAGAACAGGUUCUUAUGUUGG